AUGGACCACCUCCCCAAAUUCCGAAGGAAACCAAAGAUCCCAACAAUCUCCACGACAGACGUCAAGGGUCCCCCCUCCCGAAACGUCGUUGACGAACAACCCCCCCAGCAGAUCUUCCCUUCCACUACCACUACCGUUACCGUCACCGGUGGCAGGUCUCCGACCCCGACCAAGCCCGGAUUGCGCAAGUCCGCCUUCCGCGGCCUCCACCUCCGCAGCCCAGCCAAGCGCGCGCGGUCACCUCCCGCCGCCUCCCUACCACAGUCUGCGCCGCCGCCCGCUAUCGUCUCUCACGACGGCAUCACCUCCUCCCCGGCAUCGUCGAGACAGAAGGACAGUGGGGGAAGCAGGAGCGGGAGCGGCAGCAAGGACGACUCCGCGGCGUCCUCGCCGGGAAAGAACAGCCAGGAAAGCACCAGGCCCAAACCGAGGAUCCCAGCUUUCCUUGAUCUUUCGGUACCAGAUCUAGAAAACAAGUUCCAGGAGCUCGUCUGGCUGGAGCGCGAUCGCCUGGCGGCCGGCCUUGCCCCCGACGUCGACGAGACCACGAAAUGGGGCUCUUACAAACAGACGGACCUGCGCAGGGGCGUGCAGGAUCGCUACUUCAACAUCAAGCCCUGGAACCACAACCGCAUCAAGCUGCGCGUGCCCGCCGAGGAGCUCGACUACGUCAACGCAUCCAUGAUAUCUCUCUCCUCGCUCUCAAACAAAGAGCUCCCUCCCUUGCGCUACAUUGCCAUGCAGGGCCCAACCGAGGCCUCGGUCGACUUUGUCUGGCGCAUGGUUGCGGAGCAGCUCACGUCUCCAGUUGUCAUCGUCCAGCUUACAAGCUUUUUCGAGAAUCACCAGGUCAAGUGCUUCCCUUACCUGCCGUUGGACGAGACACAAGAGCCCUGGACACUAAACGAGCUGGACGGCUGGAACGACGACUGGAGCGCCACGCUGACUUUCGACUCGCUCACCGUUCUGGAGGACGGUGCGAUCGAGGUCCGCAAGCUUCUGUUGCGCGUCGGCGACGAAGAGGAGGACCGCGUGAUCUGGCACCUUCUUUACACCAAGUGGCCCGACUUCGGUGUCCCCGCCGUCGACGACCUCGCGAGCUUCCUGGCGCUCAUGCGCCUGUCGCGUGAGUACAACACGACGCCGGAGAACCCGCGCAUCAUCCACUGCAGUGCGGGCGUCGGGCGCACAGGAACCUUUAUCACGCUGGAACACCUGAUGCGCGAGCUAGACGAAGGCGCGCUCGAAGAUUGCGAUGGUGACGCCGAGGGCGACGAUCUCAUCUUCGCGACCGUCGACACCCUGCGCGAGCAGCGCCGCAGCAUGGUCCAGGCCGAGUCGCAGUACUUGUUCCUUUAUCAGGUGUUGCGCAAGCUGUGGCAGGAAAAGUACGACGUCGAGGACAGCGACGGCGACAGCGAGCCCGCGGCUAAGAGGCUCGAGGUCGAAGUCGAGGCCGAGGAGCCGUUGACUGACUGA